AUGCAGCCAAAGGGAGGCGGCGCGGCGGGGCUGGCGGCCUCCGCGCAGGUUGCGCCUACGACGGGCCCCGCCGCAACCGCUGGCGCGGCUGGCGGCGGUGGAACGACGGGAACCGCAGGCGGAGGCAAGGCGAAGGGGACGAAACGUGAGGAAUGGGGCGUGGGCUCGUGGGCACGAAUGGGUGUAUGGCGCUCUGUGUCCGCGUGGGGUGCGUGUGCAUUCGAGUCGCCAAAACAAGACGCCCACACCUCUCGCCUCAACCCCUUCACAUCUCCCCUCAUUCCCGGCGGGGCGGCAGCAGCGAGGCUCAAGAAUAUGUCCUUUCGCCCCCUCCUCCUCUCAUUCUCGCACUGCACACCCUUCUCUCCCCCCCCUUUCCUCCCCCCCGUCCCCAUUCCCUCCCUUCUGUCCCCCUCUGCCGCCCUCACUCACUCCCCCAGGAAGAGCAGCAGGCGCAGCGGCAUGGAGGCCAACGAAGAUGUCCGCCGCCCCGUCGGUCCCGACUCCCCACACCUUGGCCCGCUUUACCCGCCCUCACUCCGCCAGGCGAAGCAGCAGGCGGGGCGGCAGCGGCGGAGAGCAGCAGGCGGGGCGGCAGCGGCGCGGCCCAAGAAGAUGUCCAAAGCAGCUGUCCGCCUCCCCCUCAUUCCCCACCGCUUGCCCCCCUCUGCCCCCCUUUUACCUGCCGUCACUGUGCCAGGCGGGGCAGCGGGGGGAGCGGCGGCAGCGCGGCCCAAGAAGAUGUCCAAAGCAGCUGCCGCUGCUGCUGCUGCAGCGGCUCAGAGGCAGGCGGCAGGGGUGCGUCUGACACCCCGCCUGCCACGGGGCCAGCACAUGCUGCCAAGCCAGCAAGCCAGCGGCGCCGAAGAAGAAGGCGAGUGCGUCGCGGCGCAGCACCUUCGACUUCAUCCUCAAGCAGUCCAAGCCGCUGCGCAAGGACCAGCAGCCGCCAGGUGUGUUGUUCAGGUUACCAGCAGCCGCCAGGUGCGCACUGGGGUGGGGAAUAGCACUCGUAGUAGCAGCCGCCAGGUGCGCACUGGGGUGGGGAAUAGCACUCGUAGUAGCAGCCGCCAGGUGCGCACUGGGGUGGGGAAUAGCACUCGUAGUAGCAGCCGCCAGGUGCGCACUGGGGUGGGGAAUAGCACUCGUAGUAGCAGCCGCCAGGUGCGCACUGGGGUGGGCAAUAGCACUCGUAGUAGCAGCCGCCAGGUGCGCACUGGGGUGGGGAAUAGCACUCGUAGUAGCAGCCGCCAGGUGAAGCACCUUCGACUUCGUCCGCAAGCAGUGCAAGUCGCUGCGCAAGGACCAGCAGCCCCCAGAUGCGCACGUGUUGUGCGGGGAAUAGCAGCGCCCAGGGAUCAGACAGGGAAAGUUCAUUUUACCCUCCACUCCAUUCUCCACCCUCUCUCCUCCACUCCACAACCUCCGUCCUGCAUCCCUCACCUUCCCUCUCCCUCCAUCCCUCACCCUCUCUCCUUCCUUCCUUCACCCCUCUCCCCUCCAUACCGCUUCCCUUCUCCACCACGCCCUCCCUUUUCCUCCGUUUCAGCCCCCGCGCCACUACCGCUAGCGACGGGCAUGCAGCAUGCGCGGCACGAGGCGAGGCUGAGGGGCGUGCUGGGGGCGCUCUUCUGGGAGGCCAGCUCACGGGCCAUCACCAACCAGAGCACCCCCUCCCCCUCCCCCGCCGCCCUCCCCCUCGCCUCCCACCCCACGCCCUCGCCCUCCUCCCUCCCCCCCACGCCCUCUUCCGCUGCCCCAAAUCUGCCCGCCGCCUCCCUCUCCUCAUUCCCUGCGACCGCUGCUGCUGCCCAUUCUGGUGUGGCCUCUCAGCCGUCGUCUCUGUCACACAGUGCCGCGCCACUUGCCCCGCCCUCCUCCUCCUCCCUGGACCCCCUCUCGCUGCAUAAGUUCUCCGAGCUUCCAGGCUCGGGCUUGGGGCUGCCAGGCUUCCAGACCUUGCAGGGAGGCUCGGGAGCAACUGGUUUGGCAGGAGGGGGAGGGGGAGGGGGGAACAGUGGGAGCGGGAGGAUGAGGGGAAUGGCAGGGGGAGGCAUGGGUGGGGGUUCUGGGGGAGGAGGGGAAGGGGAAGGGGGUGCGGGGGGAGCAGCAGUUGCGGGUAUGGGCGGGAUGGGCGGAUACGGGGGUACGUUCAACACGAGUGGAGGCGGGGUGAACUCAGGAGCGGCAGGAGGCAGGGUGGUGGGUGGGAUGGGGGCAACGGCAGGCGCUGGAGGGAUGGGAGGAGGCAUGGGAGGGAAUAUGGCCAGCACAAGUGGUCGUAUGGAUGCUUCUUUCUCUUCGCCCCCUGCCUCUGCAUCCAAUCCGCUCUCCCAGUUCUCCUCCCCUUCUGCUGCGCUGCCGGCUGCCAUGGCUGCCACUACCACUGCUAUGGGUGCGGGUAUGGGAGCAGGGAUGGGUGCAGGCAUGUCUUUUGAGUCCACUCAAAAGGGCAUGGGUGCGGGCAUGGUUGUGGGCAUGGGUUCAAAUAUGGGUGCUGGCAUGGGAGCAGGCAUGGGUAGUGGUGUGGGCAGUGCAGGUGGUGCGGGUGGUGGUGGUGGCAGUGGUGGCGGUGGUGGCAUGUCAUCAGCCGCUGCUGCAGCCGCCGCCGCCGCUGCUGCUGCUGCUGCUGCUGCUGCUGCAAACGCCGCUUCUGCUGGUGGAGCAGCUGCGGGUGGCUCCACUGCUGCUUCUGCUGGGGCUGACGGCGAGGGUGGCGCUGCUGCCGCCGCUGCUGCUACUGCUACUGCUACUGCUAGUGGUGCUACAGCAGGGAGUGCGAGGAGCAGUGCAGGCGGCAGUGAGGGCGAGGCAGCAGGGAAGGCGAUGAAGGGCCUUCCAAGCCCGCGAGGCGGGGGCGAGAAGCAGAGCAGCCUGCGAGACGGGGCUCAGGGGCAGCAGCAGGCGGUGCACUCGCCUCAGCAGCUGGCUCAGCUGGCGGCGCACCUGCAGUCCCAGAUGGGGGGUGCAGCAGGUGGGGGGAUGGGGGGCCCUCAGGGCAGUCAGCUUGGUGGGCAGAGUCAGCUGCAGGCGCCUGGAGAGAUGCUUGUGCAGCAGCAGCGGCAGCAGCUGGCAGGACCCAUGGGGCAGGAGGGGAGGGGGAUGGACCGAGGCACAGGGCAGCAGGGGCAGGGGCAGGGGCAGGGUGUUGCAGGAAUGGGGGGAAUGGGGGGGGUUGGAGGCAUGGGAGGAAUGGGAGGAGUGGGAAUGGGCAGCAUGGGAGGCCUGGGAGGGAUGGGGGGUAUGGGAGCGAUGGGAGGUGCAGUGCAGGGAAUGGGAGCAGGCAAUGCUGGUGCGGGGAGGGCGGGCUCCUUUCAAGGCCAAGGAUCAAUGGCAUCGUCUCAAUUGCCCACCCACAUGAGGGGCUUGCCAGCACAGACCAUGCAGCAGCAGCCGCAGUACAGUCAGCAGCAUCAGGAGCAGCAGCAGCUGCAGCAGCAGUGGGCAUCCGGCCAGCCGGGAGGUGCAGGGCGGGCAGGUGGAGCCGGGGGGAUGCAGCAGCAGCAGCAGCAGGCGGGACAAGGGCAAGGGCAAGCAGCGGGGCGGAGUGGGUCAGGAGGGCCAGGCAUGGAUGAGCCCUUCCCUGCAGACCACCCUCCACAGCGCAUGGGCAUGCAACAGCAUGCCCCCUUCCAUGCCUCCUCCCACAUGCCCUCUGCGGCUGCUUCCGGUCAAGGCAUGGGCAUGGGCGUGGGCAUGGGCAUGGGGGGAGGGUCGUCACUGCUGGUGGGGAUCCCAGACUCAUCCCUAGUGUCGUCCUUCGGAGGCAUGGGUGGGGCAGUGGGAGGGAUGAGGGGCAUGGAUGGCAUGGGAGCGAUGGGGGGAGCGGGAGGGGGUGUGGGGGGCGGUGAAGGGGCUGGAGGUGCAGCUGGGCGUGGUGGUGGCGCUACAGGAAUCGAUGAGGCAGCUAUGUUUGCAGGGGAGGAUGAUUAUGGGGAUUUGCCUUGA